GUAAUCGGUCGCCACUCGCCAGUCGCCACUCGCCACUAGCCAGCUAGUUUAUUUCGAGAUGGCGUUUGUUUAGCACGUCUUGUAAAUAUAUUCGGUUUAAGUCGUGUUGGGCGGUUAUUUAAACACUUGUGUUGUUUAUUUACGUGUAUUGUUCUGUUUUGUUGUAUUAAAAAUACCCUGGGAUUGACGAACGGAUUUUCAUAUUUGACCUCUGGAGUACUCCGGAAAACUCACCCUCGAGCAGCAGAGUUAUGUAUAAGAGAAAAAGCACAUUAAGGGAAAAGCAGUGCGCGCAAUCGUCUACGAAGAGCGGGACGCGGUUUAAUGUUCUUGAGCCUUAAUUGGGUUUUACCUCGUAAACCUUUUAUAUGUAAUAAAAACUUUCGUAGCUAGGCUCGAUUUAACUUUGUUUUCAGGGAAGAAUGUCUUUUAGUUGAGAAUUAUACAAAGAUUUUAAAUUCACAUAGUAAAUAAUGGUCGCUAAAUUUUUUGUGAGACUGUCCCCGAAGACAUUUGCCAUUUGCGCGUUCGUGGUAACGAUACUUCUUUGCGUAUAUUACGCCAGUUAUAUAACGGAUGUUAGGCGGAGUGAACAGAACGAGGUAGCAGAGGGAAGUCGGGCUGGGAGAAGAGCGGAAUUGGUUGAACUACCGCCGGAUAUUCAACCGGUAAAAUCAAAACAAAGCCUUAAAGCUGAAGAUGUGUGUCCUGUUGUUGUUGGAUCCGAAGCGGAUAUUAAUACGGUUGACAUAUUUAAGGAUUUCGAUUUUCAGCCGACAUGGAUGAAAACAAAAGAAUACUGGGACAAAUUUUUCGAGGACCGUUUCGACCGCCAAUCAAUGGAUUCGGAAAGGCCGCCGCUAAAAGUCAUAAUCAUCCCUCAUUCGCAUAACGAUCCAGGAUGGCUGAAAACGUUCGAAGGCUAUUUCAAUUCGCAAUCUCGCGCGAUUAUGAAUAACAUGGUGACCAAACUGCAAGAACAUACCAACAUGACCUUCAUCUGGUCAGAAAUAUCGUUUUUGAAUAUGUGGUGGGAAGGAGCUCAUCCCAGUAAGCAGAAGGCGUUGAAGUCUUUAGUCAAAUCGGGAAGAUUGGAGAUAACGACUGGCGGCUGGGUUAUGACUGACGAAGCGAAUUCUCACGUUUACGCAAUGGUCGAUCAAUUAAUUGAAGGUCACCAGUGGUGUUUGAGAAACUUGGACAUAAAGCCACAAUCAGGUUGGUCAAUUGAUCCAUUUGGCCAUGGAAACGCACAGCCUUACUUUUUGUCUCAAUCUGGCAUUAAGGCAACCGUUAUCCAAAGGAUACACUACGCUUGGAAGCAAUGGUUCGCUCUAAAACAAUUCGGCGACUUUAAAUGGGUUCCCAAUUGGUCAUCGAACACAAAUAUAUUAACACACAAUCAACCGUUUGAUAUUUAUUCAAUUAAACACAGCUGUGGGCCUCAUCCAUACAUCUGCUUAAAUUUUGAUUUUCGUAAAGUUGGAGGAGAAUUUACAGAGUACUCACUUAAAUCGCAACCUAUAACUGAUAGAAACGUAAAAGAGAAAAGCGAACUUUUAUUGGAACAAUAUUCGCGAACAGGAUCCCUGUUUCCUCAUAAUGUUGUACUUAUGCCGUUAGGGGAUGAUUUUCGAUAUAAUUUUCCCGAAGAAUGGGAUCAACAAUAUGUAAAUUACAUGAAAAUUUUGAAUUACAUAAACUCGCACAAAGAUAUUUACAAAGCUGAAAUAGUGUUCGGUACUCCCAAAGAUUACUUUGUUGAAAUACAAAAGCGUUAUGAUCAGUAUCCAACUUUAAAGGGAGAUUUCUUCGUUUACUCGGAUAUAUUUUCUGAAGGCCGUCCUGCAUAUUGGUCCGGAUAUUUUACAACCAGACCGUAUAUGAAACUUUUGGAUCGCGAAUUGGAAACUAAUUUGCGUGGUGCCGAAAUCCUAUACACUGUCGCGUUGAACAAUGCGAAAAAGAACAAUUUACUACCAUACAUCAAGGUUUUGGAGAGAGAUUUUGAAAAAAUUGUGCAGGCGCGACGCAAUCUAGGGUUAUUCCAACAUCACGACGCUAUCACGGGUACCAGCAAGUCGUUUGUUAUGAGAGAUUACGGGCUGAAGAUGUUUAGUAGUUUGAGAGAUACUGUUAAUGUGCAGCAAUUUGCCAUUCAAACAUUGAUCACAAAUGCAUUGGAAAAAGGACCGGAGGAGAAUAUAGUACUUAGUGACACUGAACAGGAUACUUACGAAAAAAUGUCCAAAAAAACUAGAAUCCAGAUUGAACCGGGGAAAGCAAAAAAAAUUGUUUUAUACAACUCCCUGGCCCAACCACGUGACAACUUGGUACAAGUGAGAGUGUCGACUACACAAGUUAAAGUGCUUGACAAUGAAGGAAAACCGGUCAUUUUCCAAGUGAAUCCAGUGUGGGACUGUUCGGAAGCCAAUACAAAGAUAUCAAUUUCCAAAACUGAAUUCGAGCUAGUUUUCGUUGCAAAAUUACCGGAACUAAGUCUUAUCACUUACACCAUACAACAUAAUGCCAAGAAAGUCGAUGCUUUUGUUAACGUCUAUUGCAGUAAAUGUUACGAUUCCGUCGGUCAACAAUUCAAAUUUGAAGAUGAAACAAGGACCACCGUAAGUUCAGUAUUCAAAAUCAGAAGAAUGCAACCGGGUGAUAUACAGCUGGAAAACAGCAAACACAAAAUUUUGUUCAGCGGUACCACAGGAUUUAUGAAGUCUAUUACGCAGAAAAUUACACACAAAGUGACUCAAUGUGCGAUUCAAUUUGCAGCAUAUAAGAGUGCCCAAUUCCAUUCUGGAGCAUAUUUAUUCAUGCCAGAUCCGAACGAACGCGACAUCGAAAAGGAUGUAUUCUAUCAUUACAAAGAUCAAAUGACUGUACUUAUUACAUCGGGUGCUGUUGCGAGCGAACUCACUGUUUUCUACGGACCUUUCUUGGUUCACACCGUGCAGAUUUUACACAUUGAUGACAGCUACCUGAAUGAUGGCAUCUUCAUUGAAAAUACUGUCGACUUCGAAUCUCCACCAAAGAAUAGAGAAACCGAGCUAUUUAUGAGAUUAAUAACGGAUGUACAAAAUGGAGAUCCACCGGAGUUCUACACGGAUUCCAGUGGUCUACAAAUGCAGAAGCGUGUCAAGGUGGAGCGAAUCGGAAUAGAAGGCAAUUACUUCCCGAUUACUACAAUGGCUUACAUUCAGGAUAAUGCAAAGAGAAUCAGUUUAUUGACUGAUCACGCUCAAGGUGCUGCCAGUUGGCAACCCGGAUUUUUAGAAAUCAUGUUAGAACGUAGAACUUUAUACGAUGAUGCACGUGGUAUGGGAGAAGGCUUGGUGGAUAAUCGUAAAACUGUAAAUAAGUUUUGGUUACUCUUGGAGGACAUCGAACAGGCUAACAUAAAGAAGGAGUCGUUCAAAAGGUUCGAGAAUGAAAAUAACAGUGGAGAUGAUUUGUUUGAGAAGGGAGAAGUUAUACGAUCUUUCAAUAUUCCGACUGAUUCGCAAAAUGAUUUACAAAAGAAAUCAGAUUUUUCCCGUCCAUCUUUGUACGCAAAUCAACUUUCGAAUGCCUUAAAUUAUCCGGUUAAUGUAUUUAUUGUGGAAGCAGAUGGUGAUAAUUUACAAGUGAAAAAUACGAUGAAGUUGCUUAAUAAACAAUUACCCUGUGACAUGCACAUUUUAACCUUACGCACACAGCCAGACAUAAGCUAUGCACAGUUUCCCUCAAAUAAUGCGCUGAUAGUAUUUCAUCGGCAGGGAUACGAUUGUACUGUAAACAAGAACUUUGUCUGUUCAUUAUCACAGAUCGAAGAGAACACCAAUUUCGUUCAUGCCUACGUUAAGGAGUGGCAACCUACCACUCUUACAGGUACCACGGCUCAGAAAGAAGAGCUUCCUGAUUUGUCACAUGCCCUUAUUGGACCAAUGAGUUUGCAGACUUUCAAUAUAUCCUUCACUUAAUUAAUGAUAAAUUAUUGAAAUGUGAUUUAGACUAAAAUUUUAUUUUUGAUCUUUUUAUAAAUUUUAGCUUUUAAUAUUGUAGAUAGUUGUAAAUAAUAUUGUUUAUAUCUUUUAAGUAAAUUGUAUAUUUUUAAUGUGUCAAAGAAACUAUUUAAUGGUACUUUAUGAGGUAUAAUAGUUUACGUGCAUUACUUACCUAUAGUCUGAGAUUCAUCUAAUGUAACGUUGUGAGUACAGUUUUAUUUUAUUGCUAGAAUUGUUUUUAUAUAUUUAUUAGAGACAUUCUCUACAAAUUUACUUUGAUUUUUUCUUAAUGUACUCCAUUUGUCACAAUCCAUUGUAUUGAUAUUAUAAAAAAGACAAAUACCAAAGGUGACAAAAGAUGCCUAUUUAAUUUGUAAAAAUGCAAUACGCUGUAAAAUAAUGUUUUGUGUAGUUGUAUUAUUUUUUAACGUAUUUUAGUAUGGAAAAUAAAGUUAUUUAAUUUUAA